UCGGAGCGCGAGGAGGCUUUUACGGCAGCCGCGUGCCGGAAAGUGCGUGAGUGCCGGGCCGGAGCGUUUUAUUCUGUUUUCCGAAUCCUGGGGUCUGGAGGAGGUGAAAGUAGCUGGGACGAAUCUUUCUGUGCGGUUUCGAGAAGGAAGGGGGCCGCCGGCUACGCGACUGGGUCGAGUGACUGACACCGGGUCGGCUGCCUGGGCCGCCACCGCUUAGACCAGCGUGGGGCGGGGCUCGAUUGGCAGUUUAGAAAAAGAGGUACAUUAAAUAUAAAAGUGAAUACUUUCCAUGAUACAUGCAAAUGGCCAGUUCUUUAAGAGGAGAAGUACUGAAUCUUUAUAAGAAUCUGCUGUAUCUUGGACGAGACUAUCCAAAAGGAGCAGACUAUUUUAAAAGGCGUCUGAAGAGUGUUUUCCUUAAAAACAAAGAUGUGAAGGACCCAGAGAAGAUCAAAGAACUUAUUGAACAGGGCAAAUUUGUAAUGAAAGAACUAGAAGCAUUAUACUUCCUUAAGAAAUAUAGAGCUAUGAAACAACGCUAUUACUCAGAUACCAACAAAACUAACUGAUCACUAUUACUGUAAUUUGAAAAUCAGUGCCAGCUGUUUAUGUAUACCAGCUACUACAAAAAUAAUUCUAAAAUGUCAAGAUAAUACAUUUUGUUAAAAAUACCUGAGCUGCCUUACUGAACUAAAAUAGGUUUCAACUUCUGUUCAAACUGAGAGCUUUAUCAGCAACCUUUAUGCUCAAUUUUUAUACUAAAAUAGCAAUUUAACUAUAUGAUGCUGCCAACUACCAAUUAAAAAUUGAUGAGCACCCAAUUUUGAAUGAAAAUAUAAUGUACUUAAUUUUUAAUAAAUUU